AGAUUUAAUUCAGUGAGCAACUCAAUUGGCUUGAGGACGAUCCAAGUGACUUUUAAUUGUAAUUUAAAAGAUAAUUUAUUGAUUUAGAUUUUUCUUUCUUAUUUGAUUGUUUUUUUUGUUCUGUGUCUCCAAGAGUUUAUUUUUAAUUAAAAUAAUGGCUGAUUUACCUGAUGGAGAUCCAACUCGAGGAAAAAAAAUUUUCAUCCAAAAAUGUGGCCAAUGUCAUGUUGCUGAAAAGGGUAAAGGACACAAGCAAGGACCUAAUUUAUAUAAUUUAGUUGGACGAAAAACUGGAUCUGCUGAAGGUUUCGAUUAUACUGAUGCAAAUAAAAGCAAAGGUAUUACCUGGAGUAGGGAGACUUUAAAUAUCUACCUUGAGAAUCCUAAGAAAUACAUACCAGGUACCAAGAUGAUUUUCGCCGGUAUCAAGAAGAAGCAAGAAAGAGCCGAUGUUAUCGCUUAUCUAGAAUCUUCCAAGGAUUAACCUCAUCUAAUAGAAAUACAAAUUCUAAAUUAAAUUAAUCAAAAAUAGGCAACAAUUUUAUCAUUUCAAAUUCAAAAACCAUAGGUCAUUAUGAGUUAAAAGGUCUAGUGAUGAGUUCUAAAGGGUUGAAUCAAAAAAAAAAGAAAUAACAAUUCAUCAAAAUGUAUUAACUAAUAUGAAUCAAAAAUAAAAGUUAAUAUCAAGUUCUGAUUUGAA